AUGGAAAAAGUGGGAGAAAAAUCAAAGAAUCAUGGAAUAGACGCUGUGAAGAAAGAUCUUAUUUCGGCAUUAUUAGGGGAUAAAAAUCCUCACACUGACCCUUAUGACAUGACGAGACUUAAACGGAAAGAGGUUUUCAUUGUUUUUGAUGAUGUUGAUAAUUUGAUCAAGUGGACAAUUUGGUUGGACAGCGCAAUUGGUUUAAACCAGGGAGGUUUGGAUCCUAAUGAGGCUUUUCAACUUUUCUCUUUACAUGCCUCGGGAAAAAACUGCCCUGUCCCUGACCCAAAUCUAGAAAGUUUGGCAAAGAAAGUGACUAGUUAUGCAAAUGGAAAUCCAUUGGCCCUAAAAGUUUUAGGUUCCUCCUUGCCUAAUGAGAAAGAUCAAGAAGUUUGGGAAAGCCUACUAGAAAAACUAAAAAUAUUACCUGAUCAACGAAUUAACGACGUCCUAAAAAUAAGUCUUGAAGGACUUGAUGAUGGAGGGAGAGAGAGUUUCUUGGAUAUCGCAUGUCUUUUAACUGGUGAUAAUAAUGAUGUUGAGGGACGUCUUUCAACUGAUGGUGUUGAGGCGAUAAAAAAUUUGUUAAAAGCACGACGUGGUUAUUCAAUCUGUUCUGAAUUGAACAGACUUAGAGAGAUAGCUCUUUUAGAAGUUGAUGAAUUUGGGAGCAUAUCAAUGCACGAUCUGCUAAGAGAAAUGGGUCGACAGGCUGUUCGUGAUGAGUCACCAAAACAUCCUAGAAAGCGCAGUCGAUUAUGGGAUCCUAAAGAAAUAUCUGAAAUAUUGGUGGCAAAAAAGAGAAGUAAAGCCGUUGAAGGUGUAAGACUGAACCUUCGAGAAGUUGGAGAGAUGCGCUUAAGUCGUAGAGCCUUUCGUUCAAUGCCCAACCUAAAGAUUCUUAAUUUUUAUUCUUAUCACAAAAUCUUUGGUGGGGAUGAAGUCAAGGUAGAAAUUCCUGAUGGAUUAGACUUUUUGCCAGAAGGACUCAUAAAAUUGUGUUGGACGGCAUACCCUUGUGCGUCCUUGCCGGCAACAUUCAAGGCUGAAAAUCUUGUUGAAUUCCAAAUGCCCGACAGCAAUUUGACAAGACUUUGGGAUGGAGUGCAGUGA